AUGACUAAAGAAGAGCUGAGCCGUCUUGCUGAGCACAAAUACUCUGCUAUAGACACGAGUUGGUUGGAUGAAUUUUGUAUGAAAUACUAUUGGGACUGGGUAGUGAAUUUCUAUCCGCUGUGGCUGGCUCCCAAUUUGUUAACAUUGAUUGGGCUGAUAGUGAACAUUGCCAACGUCUCCUUGUUAUCUAGCUACUGCCCUACUGCACGCGAAUCUGCUCCUUCAUGGGCGUAUGCUUCGGCGGCGUUGGGCUUGUUUGUAUACCAAACCCUCGAUGCUACUGAUGGCAAGCAAGCUAGACGUACAGGUGCAGCAUCGCCUCUGGGCGAACUGUUCGAUCAUGGCUGUGAUUCGAUAUCACAGGUACGAUAUUCCUAA